ACAAAGGCGCUUUCCCAACCGGGUCAGAUAGGAAGCAACACUAUCCGGUGCAUUGGGCGACUGUGUCACACUUUCAGCUGGCGAGUUUGUCAUGCUGCUCUCAGCACACCUUUAACCUGCGGAUACAUGAAACAUACGGAUUACCGGGCACACACGCACGCAAGGGCUCGUUUGCUGUCGUUUCAGACACUGAUCUGAUAAUUUCUAAGCUUUUUUAGUGUUUAGUGAGAGAAAUUUGGGGAUAAGAUGGCGGAUGUGGCUCCGGCCGGCGUGGAGAAGAGUCUGGAUGACUUCUUCGCUAAGCGCGACAAGAAGAAAAAGAAGGAGAAGGGUAACGUUAAGGGAAAGGAGCAGGCAACCGGAGGAGCCGCAAUGGUGCUGAAAAAGACGAAAAAGGAGAAGGAGAAGUCGACGAAGAGUGAGAACCAGGACGCGCAGAUGGAAAAGGAGGAUGAGGAAUGGAAGGACUUUGAACAGAAGGAGGUGGACUACACUGGGCUCAGACUCCAGGCCCUGCAGAUGAGUGAUGAGAAGGAAGAGGAAGAGUACGAGAAGGAGGAAGUGGGUGAGGAUGGUGAGAUCAUCCUAGUCACUGGUGAUAAAAUCUCUGGACCCUGGAAUAAAUCAAGUGGCCCCCCUUCAGCUGCUCCGGUAGAGGAAGUUGAGGCUCCUGAGCCCAAAGCACCUGGCGUGUAUCGUCCCCCAGGGGCCCGGUUAACCUCUACUAAGAGAGGUCCUACUCAAGGGCCUCCGGAGAUCUUCAGUGAUGCCCAGUUCCCCUCUCUCCUCUCCACCGCCAGACACGUGGAGACUCGCAAGGACAGAGAGAUGGAGAAUACUUUCGAGGUGGUCAAGCAUAAGAGCCGGGUGAGAGAAGGUGAAGGCCCGGGCUCCAUGCAGCAACUACAGUUAGAUAAUCAGUAUGCCAUCCUGGGGGACAAAUAAAAGCCAUCUCCCCCACCCCCCCAAGCCUACUGCCAAUGGUAAAGUAAGACUUGCAGGGGGAAAAUGACCUGCAGCUGCCUGAUGCAGUCCUGACUGAGCUGGAGACGUCUGUGCCCAUUUACACACACACACACAC